GAGUCAAGGAGUGGACGUCCUCCACACCCCAGUCCUAGCAACGCGUCCCACUUCCUUCAGUCUCUCGGGACUCUUCCACCCCUCUCUCUGAUCUUCCACCCUCUCGCCAGCCUCGAUCCGUCCAGCCUCCCCGCGCUUCUCCGCGCCGCCCUCCCCUCAGCGUCUCCCGGACGCUUUCCCUUCGGCUUCCCCGCCCUCCUCAGCCUCCGCCCCUUCGGUUCCUCGCCGCCAAUCCCUCCUCCGUGCUUGCCUUCCGUCCCGCUCGGCCGCCUUGAGCCCUCCUGCGGAGACGGGGAUACGCGCGAGUGGCGGCCGUUCCUGCCUCCCCGAGUCCGAGAGAGGGGCAGGGAGGAAGAGACCCCGCAGGCUGCAGCGGGACUUGUAGGAACCAAGGAGAGGGAUGGGCUCAACCCGCUCUCCCGUCUCCCUCCUUUCCCCAGUGUCCAAAACCCCCGAUGCCUUUGGAAAGAUGGUGAAGAAGGGGGACAGGCAGGCAAAGGAGAAGCCGCUCCCUGUCCUGACGCCGGUGGGGGAGGAGGAGGCCAAAUGUCCAGAGGAGUAUCAGUGUGUGGGAAUCUUGGAACAGGAUUUUGUCGAACUCUGUAUUCGUUCAGGAUAUACAGAUUACCCCAAAGUCGUCGUCCGCAAUCAUGGUCGCUCCAUCUCUGCCUCUGAAAAGCUGUGGAGGAAUCGCGGGUCUCUGCCUCCACUAGCCAAAACAGCCUCCAACAGAUUGAGACCAAGUAUGCCUUCUUCCGGCCCACCAUCCAAGUGGAGCUGGAGCAAGAUGAUCCCAAAUCAGUUCGGGAAAUCUUCAUCCGAGGUGAGCCUCCUUCCUCCAUCCCCUGCCCCAAGAUUCAGCCCUUCCUACUCUGCUUCAGUCUCCUCUCUCCCUCCAGGUUGGAAACUGGCAGAUCCAAUUCUAAGCAUUCUCAGCAAGUGUCUGCCCUCUCUCACCCAGCUGCAGGCCAUCAACUUGUGGAAAGUGGGGCUGACUGAUGAAACCUUGACCACCUUUAUUGCCCUCAUUCCUACUUGUGCCUCCACUCUCAAGAGAGUGUUGCUGGAGGGAAACCCAAUCAAGGAACAGUCUUACUACAGGCUCAUGGUCCCAGAAAGCACCAUCACGCACUUGUCCCUGAGGAACAACAACAUCAAUGACCAGGGUGCACAACUCCUGGGCCAGGCACUGUCCACGCUGCAUACCAGCAACCGAACCCUGGUCUCCCUCAACCUGGGCUACAACCACAUUGGAGAUGUGGGCGCCGGCUACAUAGCAGAUGGCCUGCGGCUGAACCGCUCCCUACUCUGGCUAUCCCUGGCCCACAAUCGCAUCCAGGACCAGGGCGCUCUGAAGCUAGCCGAGGUCCUGCAGCCUUUCGAACUAACACACACUGAGGUGGUGGAACGCCGGCGACUUCUGCUAGAAAAGGGGACUCAGGACCGAACAAAACUAGUAAAGGGAUCGCCCACUUCUUCCCGCCAUGGAGAUCGAGACCGGCCUCUCUUGGGGAUUGGUAGUACUGGGGCCAUUGACAAGCUUCAGGGACUCAAGAGCAUCAAAGGCGGCUUGGCAAAGAAAAAGGAAAAGCUGGAAGUAGCAAAAAAAGAGGAGAAGCCCGGGACUGGGACGUCCCCCACACAGAAUGUUUCCAGAAGAGAUGACCCUUCCAAGGGUUCUAAAGGGAGAGUAACCAUCCCGGAACAGAAGCCUGGUCGGGGAAAGGGGACCAAGUUGGGGCCCAAGGAGAAGCGAAGUACACUUGCUGAGUCUGAAGUAAUUCAGAAAAAGCUAACCCCUGAACCUACUGAGAUGCUCAAUCCUCUUCUAGAGCAGACAGAGCAUAAAAAUGGGAAAGUUUUCUUGCCAGGAAACAAAGUCCUUAUGCACCUCAAUCUUAUUCGGAACCAAAUCACAGAAACGGGUCUGAAAGGCUUCCUCAGUGCUGUUCGAUACCAAGUGAAGUAUACCAAACCCAAGACCCCUACUAAGGGCCCAUCAGGAUUGCUAAAACUGAUGCUCGGGGUGAGCAUGGAGCACUUCCCUUGUACUAGAAUUCUAACCUCAGUCUUGGUCUCCUGGGGCCUAUCUCCCUUCCCCCUCCCCCCCAACCUCCAAAACAAAAGGAAAUGCUACUCAUGGUUCAAGUCUCCCAGUUCAUGUCAAGAUGUCCUUGCUGUGAACUAGCCUCCAUUAUUUUUGCUGUAAGAGCAGCCAUUUCUACUCACUUUUAAAAAUGAAAUGGUGUGUUCCAUAAUCAAAUCCUCUCAUCUCCCAUUGCAGGACUUUUGACUCCUGGGAAAUAUGCUGGAUUGAGGUUUAACUAGCAUCUUUUCUCCUUCCCUUUCUGUAUCAGAAAAAUUCCUUUCCCCCAGAAUGUGAAACCUACACUAUAAUCCAGGAUUUGAUGCUUCCUCGGGAGCUCAAGACUAGAAGAGAUGAAGAAGGCCCAUCUGCCUCUGUCCCCUGAGUGGGAGAGGGAUGAAGGAUUAACAACCCAAAUCAUUUCUGGGUUACUAAUAAAAUCCUCUUGUUCCUA